AUGUCUCAGCAGGUUCUCCCUUGGUUGCAAGACGGGCACCGAGGCGCCCAAUCCACUGAAAGGGUUUCCCUAGACUCAGAGCGCCUUCAAUCUUCUGGCCCUAGAGAUGCAGAACAACUGUAUGAGCCCGAUGCAGCAGGAUAUCAUUCGGAUGACGAAGAGCCGGAUCAGGAUUUCACUUCUAUUACCAAAUCUCAGGCAGGUCAGAUUGGGGAUAUCAGUCGAGGGGAUGAAGCGGCAGCAAGAGACACUAAACAUUCAAGCGGGGAUGAUUCGAACUACACUAACACUCGAAGGGAUGGUCAGACCUCAUGA